UUGCGGCUACCAUUCACAGGUGUUGGCUUUAUCUAUCGCCUCUGCCCAUCGUUCCUGGGCAUUGAUUCAAUCAUGCGUAUAUCUGGUCCCAGAGACUUUCUUCAUGCUGUUCAGAGCAGACUAUGCUGCUACAAGAAUGGCAUCUGCAUUGAGAUGGAUUUCUCUCGGGAAUGGGAUUAUCAACGAAUGAAAAUAACUGCUUCAACACAAAAAAUACCCUGA